UGGAUUUCACUUUCCAUUUCACAAACACCCCUCCUCUCUGAUCCAUCCUGACAUCCAGGAGCCUCCCCCUCCAUCCAUCCUUCCCAGCAUACUGCACUGGAACACGGCACUUAAUACAACCCUUCUCCGGCGAUCUUGCGCCCUAAAUAAGGGGCAUUUUCGCGGAUUUUUAGACGAGCAGCGUGUUUCUUAUGAUAUCGAGGCUGUAGAGAAGAUGUGUGAUGCUGAUUGUUUUUGAGAAAAUACGUUUUCACGAUGUCAAAUCCAGGGAUGCUCCAGUUUUGCUAAGACGAGCGCGGAAUUAAAAAGGUGUAACUACAGGCAGCACACACAAGACAGGACCACAAACAGGGGCUUGAUUUUGCAGUAUGGCCGUGAACAUGAUGCCAGGUUCCGCCAUUUGGCCAGGGGAGGUACAACCAUCUCUGCUUGACCAGGAGGCCUCUAUGUCGAGCCAAGCCUCUGCCUUGGUGCAGUGCCAACCAGUCGGAGGUGAACAGCUCAUCCACAGUAGCCCGGCCAGCACGAGACCCCCCCGCAGCAAAUCCAAAGGAGAGCUAGUCAUAGUGAUCAACGAGAAGCUGAAGAACAGUAAUGGGAUCCACCAAACACCUGCAGAGAGCACCUCUCCAGUCAUCUCCUCCCCUCCCAGAAGACAGCACUCUAUCUCUUACCCAAAUCAUGGCAAGACGAGGAAGGGGAGCAGGGCCAGCUCCAUUGGCUACACCGCGUUCUCGCCCAGACCAUCAAUUUCUCGCCACUCCAGCAUCGCCACCAAUCCACCUCUGGACCGCACCAAAGUGAAAGACUACCUCCUCCUGUCUGUGCUGGCCUGCUUCUGCCCUGUAUGGCCCAUCAACAUUGUUGGAUUUGUCUACUCAAUCAUGUCCAAAAACAGUCUCGAGCAGGGGAACCUUGAUGGAGCGGUGCGUCUCGGACGUGUGGCUAAGAUGCUCUCCAUCAUAUCACUAGUGGGCGGGACGGUCAUUAUCAUCGCCUGCAUUGUCAACCUGGCCAGUGAGUGUCCCAAAUCCGACCUUUAAACUUAAACCCCUCCUCUUAACCUUCUGUGUUGUUGUGCACAGCUGAUUCAUCCUCCUGAACUGUCCUUUUUUGUCUUGACUUUUGAUCCAGCUGACCCCAAAAACACGCUCCUGUCACUGUUUAUAGGAUCACAACAUGACACGUAGCUGUGUUAGCACAGUCUGACUGUAACCACUGAUAUUAUUAACAUCCAUGUUUGCACAAUUUUUCCACCAGUUCCAAAGCCUGCACGAGUCUUUAUACACUGCAGCACUUUAGCCUUCUGGAACUAUGUUAACGCUGCACAAAGAUCAGAACAUAUUAAUCACAUUUGCACCAGUCAAAUCUACAUUUUCUGACAUGUUCUCCAUUUGCACGAAUGGCCUCCAGCUGUAACAGACUGCAUGCCCCAGACUGCUGUGUGUGUAUCUGUAGAGUGACCUGUGUGUAGUCUUUGUCUUUUGUAUGCCUUGCCCUGUUUGCUUGUAAAAAAAAAAGUGGAGUCAUUGUUGUCCUUGUACGAUGUGUAUUCUUAUAUAAUGUGAAUGUCAGUGUGUGAGUUGUUGACCUGCUCACAAAUGUACAUUUAUCGUACCUGGCAAAUAAAUGGAUUCUGAUAACAGAACUUUUAAAGAGAAGGAAAAGGAUUUGUUUUUGCAUUACUGCGAUAUGCAGUUUUUUUAAACACAUGAACCAAGGGUCAGUCAGUUAAAGGAUGUUUUGCCUUUUCAAACAGUUUUUGACCACACACAGUAACAGCCUGUUGGGUCUCAUUAAGCCAAUAGACGGAGUCAUUAACUUAAUGACUAGAGGAGCAAGUGCACACACAUUUAAGCUACAUUUAAAGACUCUUUGAUUCAAAGACCCUUGUUUUUUGUAAAUGAAUGUCCUCUGUGUAAGUUUAUACAUCCAUAUUAAGUUGCAGGAUGUAAAGCUCGUCAUCUAAUAUGCUUCCUUUUCUUUUUUUAGUAAAUGUGAAAACCUGAGUUUCAUCCCAGGAUGAAACUGGAUAAGGCUGAAAACUGACUGUCCAGCCCACACCUGCACCACCGUCUUAUCGCCUAGUCAUUACCUGGAUAUGUGACAAAUAUGCACCCGAUAUUCAGUGCUUACUUAUAUUUCUGUAAUCUAUAUCAACCCCUUUUGCUAAAUGGAGGAAAAAUGAAAUAUUCAAAUGCUGCUGCUUGGAGUCAGGUGGGAGGAUGGGGAGGGAGUUAUCCGUCUGCUGUUAGAUGGAGAACACAGUCUAAUCUUCAUAUUCUGGUCAACACAUUCAGAGUGAGUCUCAAGAAAGACACAAAAAACUCUCAGAGAAUCCUUUCAUCACCCGCAGAUGUGGCUCAGACAGAGGUGGACUAGAAAAACAAAGAGACCAUUGGAGGUGGAUACAGAACUGUCAGGAUGGCCUCCCAGCUACAGCUCCACAUUAAAGCACCAACAAAAUGUCUGCCACGACUGGAUCCGUCAGAGCACCAGCUUGCAGCUAAAUCCCCUCAGAUGUGUGGAGAGGUAGAAAUGUGGGGUUGCGUUGGAAUCACAGAGCAGAAAUUCAUCCCUCACACACAAGAAUCACUUUGAAUCACUGCUUGUCCUCUUGUUUCAGACUCUCUGUCCUGAUUCCCAUGACAUCUUGUGUUUGAGAGUGAGCAUACAAGUUGCAAAAGAGCAUGAAAAAGAGGCUUACAGAGGACUAGCUAUGGGUGCUAAAACGGAGGGGAUUAUGGAAAGUCUCAAACACACGGCACAGUUAUCACUGCAAGAAAAGAAAAAAGUGUGCCAAAAAAAGGAAUCUAGAGGGAAAUGUUCUCGCUUUGAAAGGACCCAACUCUGAUCACAGAAUUGUUUUUGUAGAGAAGAACUUCAGAUGUGUUUUUACUCUGCUGCACCUUUUUCUUUCAAUCUGCUCCACACUAAUGACCACUGUGAGAUUCACACAAAAAACCCACUGUAGCAAAGUACUUCAUUCAUUUUUCAAAGAAGCUAAUUAUGCUACGUCAUAUAUAACCUUUUGAUAAUGUUUGUAAACAUUUUGAAAUGAGAAAAAGAUACCAUAAUGUGAAGCUUUUGAUGACAGCUGGUGAUAGUGCUGUGUGCACAUGGGCACCAGUAUUUGUUUAACAAAUGAAAUAAUUUGUUAUUGCAGUCAGAGUAGUGGCUGAAGCCUCAGAGUGUAGAUCCUGUGCUUUUAAAGCAGAUAGAUUGUGGUAUAUUUUACCCUUAAAAAACACUAAGAAGCUAUUAACACUUCCAAUUCGUUGCCAUAGAGAAUAUGAUGCUAACUUUACAUGAUGAAUUUGUAAAACACUGGUUGCAGGUGACAUGGUUUUAUGGGUGAUGAUCUGGUUUAUAACUACUGAUAUAUUUCCUGUGUAUCCUUAAUAACUAACCUCUUAAUUUGAAUCUACCUGUCAUUCUCACUGUGAUCUGAAACAAAAUGGAUAAAAUGCUAUUUAUUUGCUGUAUCCUGUAUUUUGAAUCAUGUACAGAAACACCACAACCUCAAAGUCCUGUCACACCUGCAGACAAUUUUGUAAAGAUUAAUACGGCAGUUUUCUCCCUCUGUUAGUAGUUGAUAUGUAAAUUCUAUUAUACUCAACAGUCAAUGUAUUCUGCAGAUACAAAUCUUAUUAUUGUGAUAAUUCUCUAGUUGAUAUGAGUUAGCAUUACGUAGUUUUGAUCCAAAGUAGGCACAGAAACUGUCCUCCUGACAGUCAUUGUAUCACCACUGGGCUUCUAUAAUCUUUGUGGUUAAUGGCAUGUUGUGGAUUUUUAUUCAUGUAAAAUGAUAGAAUUGGAAAAAGACAAAGAUAAGCUGGUACUUGGAAUAUUAUACUUCUGCAGCACAUUCAUAAUAAAGACACAAUGCAUGCAA